AUGAAGAGAAAACAUAAUCAAAUCGAUGCUGAAGAAACCAAGUUAUCGUCAUUGCUGUUUAACAAAACUAAAAAGUUUACAGAAAAGUUAAACAGAAAUGUAACGAGUCUUAGUGAAGUUGAUCGCAAACCUGCUUGGAUCGACGAUGAUGAUCGUCAGUUUAAAGUAAACACUGUUAUUCCUAAGGUUAAAAAUGAUUCAUUGUAUACAGAAAAACUCAAACAAAAGUAUGAAACUCUCAUUGGAUCACCAAAUUGGGCGAAAAUUAAAGAUGCUUCAAAUAAAGAUGAAUCUGGAUCAGAUAUUGUUAAGACAGUUGGUCACUUAGACAAAGAAAAAGUAUCUAAAUUUGAAAAAAACAUAUUGGAGAUAAAAAAGAGUACAACAAUUAUACCACAAAAAGGUGCAAUUACAACCUCAUUAAAGUUUCAUCCCAAGGUUAGCGCUGUCAUGUUAGCAAAUACAUCAGGCAUUGUUUCACUGCAUUCUUUGGAUGGAAAUAACAAACUUCAUAGUUUUAAGCUUAAAAGUUGGACAAUAUCAAGUACACACUUUAAACCUGAUGGAUCAGAAGCUUAUAUAUCAGGUGUUAGACAUACCUACUGCAUUUAUGAUUUAGUUAAGGCCAGUACUAAAAUUGUCCAACUUCCACAUGCCUUAAAAAAGGCUGUUCAUUUUAAAUUGUCCCCUGAUGGUAAAUUUAUUGCGGCCUCUGAAGGAUUUAGUGAAGUUUUUAUUAUUUGUGCUGACACAAAUGAAGUUAUAAAGAAUAUCAAAAAUAAUUCAAAUGUAAAAGCAAUGACAUACAGUCACGACUCUAGAGAACUUUACUGUUUUAAUGAUCUUGGUGAAGUCACUGUUUGGAAUAUGACAACAAUGAAACCAAUUAAGAAAUUUUUCGACAGUGGAUGUAUUACACCUUCAAGGAUAUCUAUGAGUCAUUGUGGGCGUCUUUUAGCAACAGGAACAGCUGAAGGAAUUGUCAAUAUUUAUGAUACUGCUGAACUAACAACAACUAACCCUAUGCCAUUAAAAACUAUUUCACAUUUAACUACAAAAAUAACUAACAUAACUUUUAACCCAACCUCAGAAAUGUUGUCAGUUUCAUCAAGUUUCCUUCCAAAUGCCUUAAAAGCUCUUCACAUACCAUCAUACAAUGUUUUUCCAAAUUUUCCACAGAAAAAUUUACAACUUAUUGAAACAGUUGGCUUCUCCCCAAAUGGUGGUUAUAUGGGUAUUAGUAAUAACAAGGGUAUUGUCAAUCUGUUCAGAUUGGGUCAUUUUAAGAAUUAUUAG